AUGGUGCGCAUCAAGGAGCGCUAUCUCCUCGUCAACAUCGUCUAUCCGCCCGAUGCCGCCAAGAUAUCCAAGGCUCGCGUGCCAGGCCUGGUUGCCCAGCACCAGCCGACCGUUGAGAAGCUGACUCCGCAGGCGCUGGUCAGAGCCAUCAGGGCAGAGGUGUCGUUGCUGUACGGCGACUAUGGCGCGGGCGCUCUCGAGGGCAAUCUUUCGGUCAAAUACCUGUCCUUGGCGACUUCGACAUUCAUUCUGAGAUGCAAUAGGGCGCAUUACCAACUCUUGUGGUCAGCAUUGACGUUCAUGGAUCGUGUCCCAGUCAAAGAUGGGCGGCCCUGCAUUUUUCGUGUCGUUCGUGUAAGCGGUACCAUUCGCAAAAUCGAAGAGGUGGCGGUGAACCGGGCGAGAAAACUCAUCCUGGCAGUCAAGGCAGAAGCCAGCGCUCACCCGCAAUCUUCGCUCUCUACGGAUAUACUGGGCACGAAAGACGACGCUGUGCUAGAUGUGGACAAUGUUGUGAGCGACGAGGAUAUGGAAGAUGGCAGCUGA